GGCAAGUCAGACAAGUCCACGUUUAACAACCCGAAUUCAAACAAGAGUCAUUUGCUUAAAGAGGUUUCCCCCCCUUCUCUGUUAUGACAUUCCGCAGCUUGGUAGCUGCCAGCUCUGGGAUUAGGACACAUCUUGCGGGGCUUCUCGCGUUGCGUUCGGAGAAUGAGGGGGAAGACCGCGCUGCUUCUGAUCGCGCUGCUGGGUGUUUCCCAACUGCUCGCGGUCGGACGCUGUGACGAUGCAGAUGACGAUGCAGGGGAAGAGACUGACGGUGAGGAUGACGACGACGACGACGAUGAUGAUGAUGAAGGCGGCGAUGAAGUUAAGGAAGAGAAUGGCGUAUUAAUUCUCACCGAUAGGAACUUCGACACGUUCAUCCAGGACAAAGACACAGUUCUCGUGGAGUUCUACGCGCCGUGGUGUGGCCACUGUAAGCAGUUUGCUCCUGAGUAUGAGAAGAUUGCACAGACACUAAAAGAAAGUGACCCUCCCAUUCCCGUGGCCAAGGUUGAUGCAACAAAAGAAACUGUUCUGAGUAGCAGGUUUGAGGUCAGUGGUUAUCCUACAAUCAAAAUCCUUAAAAAGGGGGAGCCAGUGGACUACGAUGGUGAUCGGACAGAAAAAGCUGUGGUGGUGAAGGUGAAGGAGGUGGCCCAGCCAGACUGGAAGCCCCCUCCAGAAGCCACCAUGGUACUGACCAAGGACAACUUUGAUGAUGCAGUCAAUAAUGCUGAUAUCAUACUGGUAGAGUUCUAUGCACCCUGGUGUGGCCACUGUAAGCAUCUUGCUCCUGAGUAUGAGAAGGCAGCCAAGGAGCUGAACAAGCGCACGCCUCCUAUUCCACUGGCAAAGGUAGAUGCCACAGCAGAAACGGAGGUCGCCUCCAGGUUCAAUGUGACUGGCUACCCAACCCUUAAAAUCUUCAGGAAAGGCAAAGCUUUUGAGUAUAAUGGGCCAAGGGAGAAAUUUGGUAUUGUCGACUACAUGAGUGACCAAGCAGGACCUCCAUCAAAACCAGUCCAGACCCUGAAACAGGUUCAAGAGUUCAUCAAGGAUGGUGAUGACGUAGUGAUCGUUGGUGUUUUCUCCAGUGAUCAAGAUGCUACAUAUGAAAUCUACCUUGAUGCUUGCAACAGCUUGAGAGAUGACUACAAGUUCCUGCAUACAUUCAGUACUGAAGUUGCAAAGUUUCUCCAGAGUUCAUCUGGUCAAGCUGUUGUCAUGCAGCCAGAGAAAUUCCACUCUAAAUAUGAGAAGUCCAAUUAUUUCACAAUUAAGGAUUCCACCUCUGCUUUGGAAAUCCAGGAGUUUUUCAGCAAUCACGCGCUGCCCCUUGUUGGGCACCGAAAACAGAGUAACGAUGCAAAACGCUACACUAAAAGGCCCUUGGUUGUGGUGUAUUAUGGCGUUGACUUCAGCUUUGACUACAGAGUUGCCACGCAGUUCUGGAGAAGCAAGGUGCUAGAGGUGGCUAAGGACUUCCCAGAAUACACGUUUGCCAUUGCCGAUGAGGAGGAUUAUGCUGAGGAGUUAAAGAGCCUAGGUCUGAGUGAGAGCGGUGAAGAAGUCAAUGUUGGCAUCCUGGCUGAGGGGGGCAAGAAAUUUGCUAUGGAGCCAGAGGAGUUUGAUUCUGAAGUUCUGCGGGAAUUUGUUUCAGCCUUCAAGAAAGGUAAAUUACAAGCAGUUAUCAAAUCCCAGCCAAUCCCUAAGAGUAACAAGGGUCCUGUGAAAGUGGUGGUUGGUAAGACCUUUGAAGAUCUUGUUAUGGAUAACAAGAACGAUGUCCUCAUAGAGUUCUAUGCACCAUGGUGUGGCCACUGUAAAAAGCUGGAGCCUGAGUAUCUUGCUCUGGCGAAAAAGUUCAAGCAUGAGAAGAACUUGGUCAUUGCCAAGAUGGAUGCCACUGCCAAUGAUGUGCCUCAUGACAGCUACAAAGUAGAAGGAUUUCCAACAAUCUAUUUUGCACCCAGCAACAAAAAACAGAAUCCUGUCAAGUUUGAAGGUGGAAACCGGGACUUGAAGGGAUUGACUAAAUUUUUGGAACAACACUCGACAAAACUGACGGGAAAGGAUGAACUGUAGUGCCCUUAUAAAUUACUGAGGACUUUAAAAGGGGAAUGUGAAGCAGUAGCUGUGAAGUUUAAGCUGUUCUUCUGCUAAGUGGGCCUAGGUCUUUUCAGAUGUUACUGACCCUUUUAGACCAACCUCUGUACCAACUGUUUUCUGAAAUCAAGUUUAAAAAAACUUGCACCGUUUCACAAAUAUAUUUUG